AUGGCAGACGACGAUGGGGUCAAAUUGGGUGUAAAGAUUGAAAGGAAGACGGGUAAGGACAUGAUGUCCCGAUCCCCACGGUCUUCCCCGAGGGUGAAAUUCUAUAUGAGUGACGGCGGUUUAAAUGAAGACAACUAUCGAGAUAUUUUGAUGUAUGAGAAAGAGAACAACCCGAACUCUAUGGGAAACAGGAUGAUUUUUGAAGACGAGUACCGAUUUAUUAAAGAUAGUGAAGAUUUCUAUGUUUCCACAGAUUUGGGAGAACUGGAAAACCGUAGAAAAGAAGCAAGAGAUGACGAUCUUCACAUAUUAGAAGAUGGAGAUUCAAAAUCAAAGAGGUCCACACUACGUCACAGAUUAUCUAAUAUACCUCACUACCUGAAUAAACCAAUUCUUGAAUAUUUGGGAAUGAUAUUCAGUGCAUUAUAUGGUAUGAUUAUGGUCUUGUUGGGUUUAGUUAUAAAUAUAUCAAGGACCUAUACUCUAGAUUCAUCAUACAACUCACAUUUGGUAUUUAGUUUGUACCUGUUUAUAACUGGUAAAGCUUUCUUGGUACUAGCCAUGCUCUGUUUGUUACGAACGACCCCCUUGCGGACACGCAUACGUUAUUUCCUGAGUAAAGAAAUUGUAUUUAGUGAGGCGAAUAGUAAAGGAUUGGAUGAAGCAAAAGAUAACCCUCUAGAUUUUAAGUCUACUGCUGGCAGUUUUUAUUUACGUUUGACAGCAAUGGGAUUUGGAAUAGGAAGUAUGAUAAUGACGGGGUUAAAACUGGGAGAAUUUCUAGAAAAGGUUAAUGAGCUACAAACAGUUGUAAUUAUAGAAGGUGUUUCAUCGUCAUUACACAUUAUCUUUACUUUUAUACAGCUCUAUUUUAUAUUUAGAUAUUCCAAGGCGUGUUUCAAACACAAUAAAAUAGUUGUCCGAUUCGGUCUCAGUCAUUUAGCGGCGACCAAUAUCUGUGUCUGGUUAGCAGAAACUGUGACAUCAACAUUAGAACUAUCAGAAGUUAAUAUUACAACGCUUGCUACGAACUCAUCCGGUAUACCUCGCCUGAAAACUAAUCUUGGUGAUAUUAUUGAAAGCAUCAACUCAUAUUUAUAUCCGUGUAUCAUACAGUACAGUUUUGUAUGCUCAGGAAUCCUGUGUAUGAUGUGGAAAAACAUUGAUGGAUACAAAACAAACGAAUGUCAUCAAGAUUAUAAAAAAUCUACCGCAAAGCAACAGCAGGAUUGUUCGGGAGCUAGUCGAGGACUGUUUUUUGGUGUACUUAUCCUAGUCGUCACAGUGAUCAUUUCCAUAGUGUUUGUCGUGCUCUUAAAAGGUGACUUCAUUAGUCAAUCCACAGCAUUUAGAACUCAAUAUAUCUCAGAAAUUAUAGUUAGUAUCAUCUUGUCGGUAGCCGCCAUCUUGGCUUUCUGGAACUGGAAAACUCUGCAUUUUGAAGCUAAGAAAAGGAUCGAGUUGGAAGAGAUUCUUCUACUGAUAUCCUUACUCGGUGUUUAUUCAUUCUAUCUCUUCAGUAUCGUUGCUGCUCAUCAAGUAAAAACCGAAUCUUCAGGCAUAGUCGUCGGCGCCAGUUCAAUCUUGAUGUUGGAGAUCACUUUACAGUUUGUCUUGACCUUAUGUGGAAUGCGUAUGUGUUCAAAAAGUAACGAUCACAGAAGAGUGAAACCUGGGCGCGAGAUUUUGACAUUCCUUCUGGUUUCCAAUGUUGCCUUAUUUGGAAUCGAUGUAGCAGUCGUUCAAAACGAAGAGACAAAUCCGAUUCAGAUCAAAUUUUAUGGAAAUCUUGCCUGGUAUCUGAUUGUACAUAUAUCGUGGCCAUUCGUAUUAUCUUUCAGAGUUUUAAUUGUGAUUUGUAUAUCUAAUAUAUGGAAGACCAAUCUGAUGAAAAAAAUGUCAGUGUCUUCUGAAAUUAACAUAUCCUCUUCUGAAUGUUAA